GCACGACAGACCGGAAGUGACGAGCGAGCGGCCGAGUCGGCGCCGGUUCCCUGGGUCGGAGCAAGAUGACAGGCUGCCGAGUUCCUCGCAAUUUUUGUUUGUUGGAAGAACUUGAAGAAGGCCAGAAAGGUGUAGGUGAUGGAACUGUGAGCUGGGGGCUCGAAGAUGAUGAAGACAUGACACUCACACGAUGGACAGGAAUGAUUGUUGGGCCACCGAGGACUUGUUUUGAAAACAGAAUAUACAGCCUGAAGAUAGAGUGUGGGAGUAAAUAUCCAGAUGUAGCUCCAACUGUUAGAUUUGUAACGAAAAUAAAUAUGAAUGGAAUAAAUAAUUCCAAUGGAAUGGUGGAUUCACGUAGUAUACCAGUUCUAUCUAAGUGGCAAAAUUCCUAUAGUAUUAAGGCUAUACUUCAAGAUCUACGGCGUAUGAUGACUUGCAAAGAGAAUGUGAAGAUUUCACAGCCUCCCGAAGGACAGACUUACAACAAUUAAUUUUAAUGGAUCCAGACCCACCUCUCUCUCUCAAAAACUUCACUUCCUAUUCAUGUCUUGUCAAUUCUCUGCAAUACUAAAUGCCAACAAAAGAUCUCAAUCUUGAAAUGUAUGUCCACAAUAAUGUUCUGAACCGCAAAUAAAUUCAGUAGUGGUGCAGAGUAA